AUGACUCACUUGCAAGUGGGCCUGAGCUCCGAGACCACAGAGAAAGCUCGCCAGGAGCUCAACGAGAACCCCGACACCCUCCACGCGGACAUCCAGCAGGUGCGCGACAUGAUCGUGACACGGCCCGACAUCGGCUUUCUGCGCACGGAUGACGACUUUAUCCUGAGGUUUCUGCGGGCGCGCAAGUUCAACCAGGCAGAGACUUUCCGGCUCCUGGCCCAGUAUUUUCAAUUCCGGCAGCAGAACCUGGACAUGUUCCAGAGCUUCAAGGUUGACGACCCGGGGAUCAAGAGGGCGCUGAUGGAUGGCUUCCCAGGUGUCCUGGAGACUCCAGAUCAGCACGGCCGGAAGAUACUCAUCCUAUUUGCUUCCAAUUGGGACCAGGGCAGGUGAGUGCAUAGAUAUUUUAGGAGGCACAUUUGUCUCAUUGAAAUGGUUUCUGUGAUGUCAUUGUUUCAUUAACCAAGUAAACAUUUGUAUUGUAUCUACUGAUCGAUACUGAUUUGAUAGAAUACUUCUUUUUUUAAAUUGGGAACUAAACAGCAAAACAACAACCACUCACUUGCCCAAAAACUUUACUCCGGCCUUUUUUUGGCCCACGUCAAUGGUCAGACCCACCAGACCCGGAACAGAAAUGAUUGAAUUAUUGUAAUAGUCUUGAUACAGAACAGUGCUGGAUUGUCAUGGAUUGUAUCCCAAUCUGAUGUCUCUUUCUUUCUCUGUGAAGGAACUCUUUCACAGACAUCCUCCGGGCCAUCCUCCUCUCCCUGGAGGUUCUCAUAGAGAACCAGGAACUCCAGAUCAACGGCUUCAUCUUGAUCAUGGACUGGAGUAACUUCUCCUUCAAGCAGGCGUCCAAGCUCACGCCUAACAUCCUCAAACUGGCAAUCGAAGGCCUGCAGGUAGGCCUUACCAGGGUUGUGUUCAGUAUACAUUAAACAGAACAAAACGGUCUGAAACAGAGUGAAACAGGGAGGUACUACAGUAUCUGAACAUGUCCAAUAAGAAACGCUAAAUUUCAUGUUCCUACGGUGUGCCCUAAUGAUCACCACCCAGCACUGACUGGGUUGAAUCAACCCAAAGCAGAUCAAUGUAGCUAAGUAAUCAGCAUUAAGGUGAAUUAGAUCAUGGUUGCAUUGUACAGUUGGAUUGUACUCUCUUACAGCUAUAAUGUAGACAUUUUCUUGAGGUAUAUUGUGCUAAUUGGUUAGCUGUAGAGAGAAAAGGUGGAAAGUGAUGGGUAUCAUCAGCACCUAGUGUCCUGAUCAUAUAAUCACCUGUUCUGAAUGUUGAAAUGAAGAUGGAAUUUAUGGUUUAAUGUGUCUAUAUGGUUUAAUGUGUCUAUAUGGUUUAAUGUGUCUCUAUGCUCUGGUCUGAUUAUUCAACCCAAGUCUAUUCCACUAGAUUUUUGGACAAUUGCAAUUUCACACAUGCAAUAUGUGGAGCCAUCACACCCAACAUGGCCGAUUCUACAGUUAACUUUUUUAUUGCAUCAUUUCAGGAUCCAUCUUUAUUAGUUCUAAGGACAGAGAUAGAUAGACAGUAUUCUGCCUUGAAGUGCAGUGUAUAUGACUACCAGUAAAUAAAGAUUUCUCGACAAUAUGACGAUGAUCCUCAUUGUAGGCCUACAUAAAGAUGGGAUGUCCUGUUGCUAAGUAACAAGGCAAAGCACAGUGGUUAGUGUAUGGCCUGAUUUCAAAUGCUAUGCUAGUCAAGCACUGAAUGAAGUGGACACAUUAUAUGGGCCAAUCAACAAGCAGACAGUGGAGAUAUCAGGGAAUAUGCUUUUUUGACUGAAUUUCAUUACAAUUGUGUUAUAUGUUAUGGAAACACCAAAUGCUUAUGGUUUAUGAGGGAAUUAUUUAGCAAUGGCAAUAAGUCAGAGAUUGUACAAUCAAUUGGAUAGUAGUUUACCUCUUUGCAUAAAACUAUACUGAACAAAAAUAUAAACACAAAUUUCUAAGAUUACACUGAGUUACAGUUCAUAUAAGGAAAUCAGUCAAUUUAAAUACAUUCAUUAGGCCCUAAUCAAUGUAUUUCACAUGACUGGGAAUACAGAUAUGCAUCUGUUGGUCACAGAUCCUUGUGACAUGGGGCCGCGCAUUAUCAUGCUGAAACAUGAGGUGAUGGUGGUGGAUGAAUGAAUGGGCCUCAGGAUCUCAUCACGGUAUCUCUGUGUAUUCAAAUUGCCAUCGAUAAAAUGCAAUUGUGUUCGCUGUCCGUAGCUUAUGCCUGCCAAUACCAUAACCCCACAACCACCAUGGGGCACUCUGUUAACAAUGAUGACAUCAGCAAACCACUCGCCCACACGACACCAUACACACUACGCUGUCUGCCAUCUGCCCGGGACAGUCGAAACCGGGAUUCAUCUGUGAAGAGCACACUUCUCCAGCAUGCCAGUGGCCAUCGAAGGUGAGCAUUUGCCCACUGAAGUCGGUAACAACUCCGUACUGCAGUCAAGUCAAGACCCUGGUGAGGACGAAAAGCACGCAGAUGAGCUUCCCUGAGACGGUUUCUGACAGUUUGUUCAGACAUUUUUCUGUUGUAAAAUCCCACAGUUUCAUCAGCUGUCCGGAUGUCUGGUCUCAGACAAUCACGCAGGUGAAGAAACCGGAUGUGGAGGUCCUGGGCUGGCGUGGUUACACGUGGUCUGCGGUUGUGAAGCCGGUUGGACGUACUGCCAAAUUCUCUAAAACAACUUUGGUAGAGAAAUGAACAUUAAAUUCUCUGGAAACAGCUCUGGUGGACAUUCCUGCAGUCAGCAAGCUAAUUGCACACUCCCUAACAGCGAUGUAAACAAAUUUGUGCACAAAAUGUGAGAGAAAUAAGCUUUUUGUGCAUAUGGAAAAUGUAUGGGAUAUUUUAUUUCAGCUCAUGAAACAUGGGACCAACACAUUACAUUUUGCGUUUAUAUUUUUGUUCAGUGCAUAUAUAUAUUUUAAAAAACAGCUUUCACAAAAUUAAAACUUGCAAGACUCAUAAUCUGCUGAAUGAUUCAGCCUUUGUCAUAAUAACUGACCCAUAAGCCUUGUAUUUACAUGGUUUUGUCAUGGGGAUUGCAUUGUUGGUGCUACACGACAAUCAUUAAAGGUGUCGAUUACAAGGGUGGAAGGGGCAUGCCCAAACAAUGCACUGUAGCAGUAUUGCACACUGUAGAUGGCUAGCAGAGUUUGAAACAGCAAGGGUAAUUCUCCUAAUAUGUAUCUAUUGGAAGCUCUGUAAUGCUCUUCUGCUGCUCACCUCGGCCCCUUUUGCUGCAGGCUACUGUACUGUUCUGUCAUAAAAUCUCUUCAAUAAAAUAAUGAAUGCCAUUUCAUUUAGCUAUAACGAUAGAGAAGGACAGAGGAACUGGCUUAGCCUACCAUUUUAUUAUAUUAUUUUAUAUUAAGAUUUGUAAACUUUUAAAAAAAUAAUUAUGCUAUGGUAUUUCAAGAGUCUCUCUAUUGUAACUAAAACAAUAUAUUUCAAAGCAAGCAGAGUUCAUGAAACAACCUAAAAAAACAUACUUUACUUGAGUAUAUCGCAACCUAUAUUCCCCUCCCUACUUCCCUACAGGACAGCUUCCCUGCUCGCUUCGGUGGGAUCCAUUUUGUGAACCAGCCCUGGUACAUCCACGCCAUGUACACCAUCAUCAAGGCUUUCCUCAAGGACAAGACUAGGAAAAGGGUAAUUGCCUUUUUCACUGCUUCAGUCACAUUCUCUUUUCUGUCCAUCCUGUUGUAACUGUUGCAGUCAUAUUGAGUGGUUAAGCUCAGGGCUGGUAGAGGUACAACACUACUGAGCUGACAAAGCCAGAUAGAGAGAUGUCAUUAAAUAUCUUUGCUAGUUUAAUCAAAUUUAAGUUUACACAAAGGGGAUAUAUUAUUCAGUCAGCACUUAUAGAGCUAAGAAGUAGUAGGAGUAUUUGGAAUUCACAUAUUUUGAGGUAGUUUCAACUUCAACUUUUCCUCAGGAUAGUGCAGGUUAGAUUAAUGGGAAAACUAAAAGCUAUUUUGUAAUACAGCUUCCAGAGUCAAAAAUGUUUGGAGGGGUGUCUGAUGACACUGGUUAACCUCUUAAGGAUCGGACCCUUUUUUUCAAUUUUCGCCUAAAAUGACAUACCCAAAUCUAACUGCCUGUAGCUCAGGACCUGAAGCAAGGAUAUGCAUAUUCUUGAUACCAUUUGAAAGAAAAUGUGAAAGUUUGUGGAAAUGUGAAAUUAAUGUAGGAGAAUAUAACACAUUAGAUCUGGUAAAAGAAAAUACAAACAAAAAAACAUUAUAUUUAUUUAUUUUUUCAUCAUCUUUGAAAUGCAAGAGAAAUGCAACAAUACAAUAUUGCAGUUUAGGCGCAAUUUAGAUUUUGUGUGUGUGCAAAGUUUCAGAUUGAUCCAGUGAAGCAUUGCAAUACUGGACUAUUUUGUAUCAAGUCUGCCCAAAUUUGCCGAAUUUGGUCAAUUUAUACUUUUUCAAGUACAUAACUAUAGAGAACAUACAAAAAUGAUAUGGUAAAUCAAAAUGUAAGUUUACACACUCCCAGGAAUGUCAUACAUGAUGGGUUUCAACAUUUGAAUAUAAAAAUGGAUUUUAUCAAACAAAACUAUGCUACAUUUUAUCUCUGGGACCCUUAGGAUGACAAAUCAGACAAGAUUACUGAAUGUAAGUACAUUAUUUACCUUCAGAAGUGAAUGUAUCAAACCAGUUGCCGUGAUAAGUUCUUUGUUGUUGUGCACUCUCCUCAAAUAAUAGCAUGGUAUUUUUCACUGUAAUAGCUACUGUGCAGUUAGAUUAACAAGAAUGUAAGCUUUCUGCCCAUAUAAGACAUGUCUAUGUCCUGGAAAGUUUGCUGUUACUUACAACAGUCAUGUUAAUCACAUUAGCGAACGUUAGCUCAACCGUCCUGUAUACGGGACACCUAUCCCGUAGAGGUUAAAAAUAAGAAGGGGAAGUAAGAGAUCAAACAUUUUGGAUAGUUAUGAAACAUAUUAGCCAGGGCUCCCUUGAAAAAAUUUGAACACCAGAUAAAUAAAUAAAUGAAAUAAACAAAUGUGAAUACAAAUGUAAAUAAAAUAAAUAAAUACAUCGGAUUUUUUCAAUUCUUCCCAACAGAUUUUCCUCCACGGGAACAACCUCAACAGUUUACACCAGCUUAUCCUACCCGAUUGUCUGCCAUCUGAGUUCGGUGGCACGCUGCCGCCCUAUGACAUGGGCAUCUGGGCACGGACCCUCUUAGGGCCCAACUACAACGACGAGACGGAGUACACACUCACCUACGACGCCCUCCAUGUCAAAGAGUGCUAUGGUGGCGGAGACAAGGAAUGUGCCGACAAACUUCUGAAAAGGUGAGCUACAGAAAAGGUUGCAAAAUUCGAGGAAUUUUUCAGCUGGAAAAUAUCCAUGGGAAUAUAUGGGAUUUGGGGGGAUUUACAGGAAUUUGGUGAAUAUUCCCCUCUUUUGCAACCCUAGCUACAGUAUAGUAAUGCACGAAGUUAACAAAAAGCGAAACAGAAAGUUGAGAACACAACAGGAUCAAUCCAGUGUCUCGCUGUCAUUCUUCUUCAUUAGUAUCGACCGAUUGUUUGAAGUCUGCCAGAGCAAUUACACAGUCCACAGACUUUCAGAUAAUGACCUCUAUGGGGCUGACCACUCACCAGUGGCUAGUGUGAACCCUCAGAAAUACCAGUUUAAGUCCAAGGUGAUCAUUAGGCUUGAGUCUUGCCCACUACUGUCUCCCAAACAGCUCACUCACUCAGAGACCCACUGCAGUUUGACAUUCAUUCCCAACCCCGCAGCUAAAAAAAAGUAUCCUCUCUGAAACACAAAAGGUUACAGAAGAGCUAUGUAUAGAGGUACUGCAUAUGGCUCUGGGUUACAUUCCUUUUAGGUUCAGAGCUAUUCGACACCGUACCCUUUUACAAGUUAAAGGUUUAUCUAUAAGAGACUGAACAUGAAAACAGAAUACAGUACUGUAGAUGGAUUCUCUGUCCUAAAGCAAAGGGAAAUGUCUGAGAGAGAGAGAGAGGGGGAGAGAGGGAGGAAUCAUUAAAAUAGAAAACCUCCUCCACGGUAGCAGGCUGCAUGCACGACUCUCUCCCUCUGCAAUCAACAGAAAGUCAUGUAGGAUCAGGUCUCAGGAGAGCGGGCUUCUUGGAAUUUAUAUAAUUUAAAAAGCACUUAAGAGACCCUCUCCCUGACUCCGGCCAGUGUCUGCUCCAAUCCCAGGGAUCCCCAGUCUCAUUUGCUUGCCACGCUCCCACUAAUUAGGAGCGUAACCCAGGGGAGAGCAUCUGGAGGGGAUGUGCCUGGAUGGGGGGUUGGUGCAGAGAGCAUGAACCUCCCUCUCAUCAUGGAUAGGAUAGAUGAGGACUCCCUCUACAUGGCCAAGCUUUAAAGUCAAAAUGUACUAUAUUGUGAAAGUGUAUGAACACAGAAAUUAUCUUCAGGUCUUAGUUAAAAGUUGGAGUUAGGCACACGGUCAGGAGUAUGGUUGAGCUAAGAGUUCAUUUUCAAAUCUGAUUUUUUUAUUGAUAUAUUGUCGUACUGGCGAUAGUGACAACCAUCGAUAAGGGAUACUGGGAAUGCUUGUGUGUUAUUGGUCAUCUGAGAUCAUCUUCAGAGCAUCCAGUGAAGAAAUACCAGCCAUGAUUGUUGACAUGUCAUGAACCUACUGAUGGCCGUGAUCGGAUGGCUAAGGCAGAUUAUUGACGAUUGGGUCGAUUGUGGGUUGGUUGAAUAUUCUUAGUGUUUAGUGUUGUAUCAGAUCAAGGAGGUUGUGUUAGCCUUUGAUUGCUGCUGUUUCGUUUCAGUGUGGAGUCUGUUUGCUGUGUAAACUGUAAGUAGGCUAUAGUCCUACAAGGCUGUUCAGCAGAAGGGCCUGACAUCUGGAGGGUAAGGCUGCCAAUGACCAGUGAAGGACAUCAUCCCAAAAACAAGAUGGCGGAAUAAUAUCACCUCUCUGACUGUAUUGACUAAAAAAGAAUUACAUUAGCAAAGCUCCAGAUGUAAAUGCCUGAUAUAUCAUUAAUUAAUAUUAAUUAAUAAAUUAAUAAUUAAUAUGCCAUUUAGCAGACGCUUUUAUCCAAAGCGACUUACAGUCAUGCGUGCAUAAAUUUUUGUGUAUGGGUGGUCCCGGGGAUCGAACCCACUACCUUGGCGUUACAAGCGCCGUGCUCUACCAGCUGAGCUACAGAGGACCACAUACAGUGCCUAGUGAAAGUCUACACACCCCUUGCAAAGUCUUCACAUUUUGUUUCCUUAGUGGCACUCCAGUCUCCUUUUCACCUCAUUUACUGUAACACCUGAUUUACUUAACACAAGGCACAUCUCAAUAGAUGGUCCAGAUAAGUCAUGACAUAGCACAAGUGGGGGGGCUUUCCUCUUUUGUUCUCUAUUGCUCCUCAAGCAAGUUGGAGGCCGAUGACAUCACAGAUUCCCUUGAAUGCCCUACUCCUAGAAGUUUGCAGUUGUCUUUACUCUACUGUAUUUAUACUUCCAAUAUCACUUUUCAAUAGUAAGAGUAAAAAAAUAUAUAUAUAUAUUAUCAAGCUAAAUGAUCUAACAUCAUUGGCACAUAAUUCUACUUAUUUUAACUUAAAAAAAAAAGGCUUAAUACAAGUAAUUUAUCUCAUUUCAAUAUAUUUGUCAAAAUAUUUGACCUUAAUCGUUUUAUUAAUGUAAAAUAUCUGGAAAAUUAAAUUGAAAGGUGUGAAGACAUACGCAAUCAAGACAUCUUAGAUUUUUUUAUUAAUUAGGAAAAUGUUAUAAAAAUGUUCUUUCAUUUUGAAAAUGUGGAGUAGGUUGUGUAGAUUGGUAGGAAAAAAAAUCUAAUUUAAUCCCUUAGAUUUAAUUUUAAGGCAGCAAAAUGUGUAGACUUUCACUAGGCACUGUAUGUAGUAUAGGAUGACAGUUGCAUAUACAUGAUCUGUGAAGCAUCUAUACUGAACAAAAAUACAAACGCAACAUGCAACAAUUUUAACGAUUUUACUGAGUUACAGUUCAUAUAAGGAAAUCAGUCAAUUGAAAUAAAUUCAUUAGGCCCUAAUCUAUGGAUUUUACAUGAUUGGGCAGGGGUGCAGCCAGGGAGGGCAUAGGCCCACCCACUGGGGAGCCAGGCCCAGCCAAUCAGAAUACGUUUUUCCCCACAAAAAGGCUUUAUUACAGACAGAAAUACUCCUGUUUCAUCAGCUGUCCGGGUGGCUGGUCUCAGACAAUCCCGCAGGUGAAGAAGCCAGAUGUGGAGGUCCUGGGCUGGCGUGGUUACAAGUGGUCUGCGGUUGUGAGGCCGGUUGGACGCUCUGCCAAAUUCUCUAAAACGGCAUUAUGUAGAGAAAUUAACAAUUAAUUAUAUGGCAACAGCUCUGGUGGACAUUCCUGCAGUCAGCAUGCCAAUUGCACGCUCCCUCAAAACUUGAGACAUCUGUGGCAUUGUGUUGUGUGACAAAACUGCACAUUUUAGAGUGGCCUUUUAUUGUCCCCAGCACAAGGUGCACCUGUGUAAUGAUAAUGCUGUUUAAUCAGCUUCUUGAUAUGCCACACCUGUUAGGUGGAAGGAUUAUCUUGGCAAAGGAGCAAUGCUAACUUUCAUUGGCAUAUAAGCAUUUCAUUUUGAGAGUUGCAUACAUGUACACUAAGUAUACUAAACAUUAGGAACACCUGUCAAGGCUUAAAAUCCUUCUUUAACAUGUCUCUUCCCCUUCAUCUACACUGAUUGAAGUGGAUUUAACAAGUGCCAUCAAUAAGGGAUAAUAGCUUUCACCUGAAUUCACCUGGUCAGUAUGUCAUGGAAAGAGCAUGUGUUCUUAAUGUUUUGUAUACUCAGUGUAUAUAUUUGAAGCAAGAUUUGAAGGGGAAAUCAUUCAAUGCAAUGUUAUACUCAUCAUCACAUCAAAUCUGAAAGAUAUUCAACCAAGCUACAUUUGCAAUCUCUAAAUCUCAGAAGACAGAAGGACAUGUUUGGGCCACUGUCUCUUUCCUUAGAAGAGAGAGCUCUGGGUAGACUCCAUUUUCAGCUGCUGGUGAUUUUAAUCAGUGGGCUUACAAGGGGAGAUGAGAGGAGGGUGUGGAGGGGAGCGGAGCGCUAAUCUCUCCCACUGGUGUUAAAGCGUUCUAGAACAGCACAGCACAGAGCAGGGAAACAGGGAUUUAGUCUAGCCCAGGGGUGUCAAACUCAUUUUAGCUCAGGGGCCACAUGGAGGAAAAUCUAUUCCCAAGUGGGCCGGACCGGAAAAAUCAUGGUAUAUAUAACAACAACUUCAGAUUGUUUUCUUUGUUUUAAUACGAUCAACAUGCAACAUAAAGCUGGAGCCUGAGGACAGUGUGUCCAAAAUAGUACAAGCACAACAUCACUAUUAAUCAUAAAACACGUCAAGUUUAUUUGAAAAUUCUAAAGAAAAAGAACACACAAACACACAAUGCCUCAGUGAUUAACAGAACUGUUUCACAGAUCACAGAACUAUAUCAGGGUGUCAUUUCUCAGGCAGAAAUGUAGAUAAAAAUAAUGAAAUCCUGUUCCCCAAACAAGUGCAAGAACCACAGAGUCAAGAAUAGGUUAAAUAUACAAAUAAAAUAAAAUCAAUUAAAAACAAUAGCACAUCAACAUAAAAACAUAUAAACGUAAAGCUGGAGCCUGAGGACAGUGUCCAAAAGCACAACAUCACUAUUAAUCAUAAAACACCUCAAGUUAUUUGAAAGUUCUGAGGACAAAGAACACACAAACACACCAUGCCUCAGUGAUUAACAUAACUGUUUUACAGAUCACAGAACUAUAUCAGGGUGUCAUUUCUCAGGCAGAAAUGUAGAUAAAAAUAAUGAAAUCCUGUUCCCGAAACAAGUGCAAGAACCACAGAGUCAAGAAUAGUUUAAAUAUACAAAUAAAAUAAAAUCAAUUAAAAACAAUAGCACAUCAACAUAAAAACAUAUAAACAUAAAGCUGGAGCCUGAGGACAGUGUCCUAAAGCACAACAUCACUAUUAAUCAUAAAUCACCUCAAGUUAUUUGAAAGUUCUGAGGACAAAGAACACACAAACACACAAUGCCUCAGUGAUUCACAGAAGUAUAUCACAGAUCACAGAACUAUAUCAGGGUGUCAUUUCUCAGGCAGAAAUGUAGAUACAAAUAAUGAAAUCCUGUUCCCCAAACAAGUGCAAGAACCACAGAGUCAAGAAUAGGUUAAAUAUACAAAUAAAAUAAAAACAAUUAAAAACAAUAGCACAUCAAUAUAAAAACAUAUAAACAUAAAUCUGAAAGCGUUGCUCUAACUCCCGUAACAGUCCCGUUAUUUUAUCUUUGAACCGCUUCAUGUCUGCCACAUGUUGGGUCGCGCACACAUUUUUCAGACAGGGGAAGUGAGCUGCAUCACCACCGGCAAGUUGCGUCUCCCACAAUGACAGCUUCAACUUGAAAGAACGUAUGCUGUCAUAAUACUGCGUGACAACUUUGUUGCGCCCUUGCAGCUGUUUGUUCAAGUUAUUCAGGUGCUCUGUAACAUCCACCAUAAAUGCAAGGUCCUGCAUCCAUUCUGCGGAAUGAAAUUCUAACACUGGUUUGCCCUUUUCUUCCAUGAACUGUUCAAUUUCUUCUCGUAAAUCAAAGAAACGCCUCAGCACAGCACCUCGGCUUAACCAUCUUACCUCAGUGUGGUAUGGCAGGCCAUAGAUGUGGUCUUUCUCUCUGAGAAGUCUGUCAAACUGACGGUGAUUCAGGCUUCUGGAUCGGAUGAAAUUAACAGUUUGGAUGACCACCUUCAUGACGUUAUCCAUCUUUAAUGACUUGCAACACAAAGCCUCCUGGUGCAAAAUACAGUGAAAAGUCAAAAAAUCACGUCCUCCAUUUGCAGAUUGCACUUUCUCUCUGAACUUUGUCACAACGCCUGCUUUUUUCCCGAUCAUUGAGGGCGCACCAUCUGUAGCCAGGCUGACAGCGCGGGACCAGUCCACUCCGACCCUGUCCAGCGCGCCAACGAGUGCGGUAAAAAUAUCAGCUGCUGUCGUUGUAUCUGUCAUCGGCACCAACUCCACGAACUCCUCGGUGACGGUCAAUGUGUCAUCAACUCCGCGGAUGAAAAUGGCCAGUUGUGCAACAUCUGUAAUGUCCGUGCUUUCAUCAAUUGCAACCAAAAACGCAAUAAAUGACUUUACUUUUUGCUUCAACUGGCUGUCCAAAUCCACUGAAAGAUCGGAAAUCCUGUCUGCAACUGUGUUUCUUGUCAGGCUGACAUUUGCAAAAGCCUGCCGCUUUUCAGGGCACACAAUCUCCGCUGCCUUCAUCAUGCAUGUUUUUACAAAUUCACCCUCACUAAAUGGUUUUGAAGCCACUGCGAUUUCAUUAGCAAUGAGGUAGCUAGCUUUCACUGCAGCGUCACUGAUGUCUCGGCUGUGAGUAAACACAGACUGCUGUUUCUUCAGACCCGCCAACAGUUCAUUCACCUUCUCUCAUCUCCGCUGUCCUUGAAAGUUGUCAUAUUUGUCGGCAUGAAGACUCACAUAGUGGCGACGAAGGUUAUAUUCUUUCUGCACUGCAACAUGCUCUGAACACACCAAACAUACAGCUUUCCCAUUCAAUUCCGUGAAUAAAUAGGAUGACCAUUUUUCUUGGAACACUCUGCACUCUGCGUCCACUUUUCUCUUUUUUGACAGAUACAUAUUGGGGCAAUGAGGGUGCCAAAGCACAUAAUGUUAAAAGUAGAAGCCGUAAUAAAUAUCGCGGGCAAAACAAAGUAGCUCAUUGGCUGCACGUGCUUGACCUACUUGCUCUGCCCCGGUAUAAACAGUUUGCUUGCUUAACACAAUUGCUAUUGCGCCAUCCAGUGGACGCAAUUGGAACAGCAGUUUAUUUUAUUGAAAAAUUGCAGCGCAUUUUUAUACUUUACAAAAUUAUUAUUAUUAAAAUUAUUAUUAUUAUUAUUAUUUUUUAUUUUUUAUCAUCUCGCGGGCUGGAUUAAACCCGUUUGCGGGCCUGAUCCGGCCCACGGGCCGGACGUUUGACACCCCUGGUCUAGCCUUAACCCCAUUGGAUUGCCCUCCUCAGCUGGGUCGUUGAGCUCAUGUUUAAUGGACCAGUCAUAACCUAGCAUGUUAUAAGUACUUCCUGGUAGCUAAAUGAGACAAUAACACAGGGAGGCUUUGUGAUGACGCAUGGAUAUGAGAGUUGAGAGGAGUAUUAUGUCAUGUAUUUUACCAUUGGCAGUCAAAUGUGUUUUUAGGAUAUAAAACAAUGUGCUAUUUUCCUAAUCUGGAACCCUCCCCAAAUGGUUGGUUCUCAGUUUGUGUUUAGACAUAAUAAAGGGGGGUGAUCCAUGCUUAGUCUUUUAUGUAUUAUAACUGCAUCAUAACACAUCAUGACCAUAGAUACUGUAUGUCUACAGUUUUCUCUUUGAUCUACAAGUAUUUGAUCCCCUGCUGAUUUUGUACGUUUGCCCACUGACAAAGAAAUGAUCAGUCUAUAAUUUUAAUGGUAGGUUUAUUUGAACAGUGAGAGACAGAAUAACAACAAAAAAAAUCCAGAAAAACGCAUGUCAAAAUGUUAUAAAUGGAUUUGCAUUUUAAUGAGGGAAAUAAGUAUUUGACCCCUCUGCAAAACAUGACUUAGUACUUGGUGGCAAAACCCUUGUUGGCAUUCACAGAGGUCAGACGUUUCUUGUAGUUGGCCACCAGGUUUGCACACAUCUCAUGAGGGAUUUUGUCCCACUCCUCUUUGCAGAUAUUCUUCAAGUAAUUAAGGUUUCGAGGCUGACGUUUGGCAACUCGAACCUUCAACUCCCUCCACAGAUUUUCUAUGGGAUUAAGGUCUGGAGACUGGCUAGGCCACUCCAGGACCUUAAUGUGCUUCUUCUUGAGCCACUCCUUUGUUGCCUUGGCCGUGUGUUUUGGGUCAUUGUCAUGCUGGAAUACCCAUCCACGACCCAUUUUCAAUGCCCUGGCUGAGGGAAGGAGGUUCUCACCCAAGAUUUGACGGUACAUGGCCCCGUCCAUCGUCCCUUUGAUGCGGUGAAGUUGUCCUGUCCCCUUAGCAGAAAAACACCCCCAAAGCAUAAUGUUUCCACCUCCAUGUUUGAUGGUGUUCUUGGGGUCAUAGGCAGCAUUCCUCCUCCUCCAAACAGGCGAGUUGAGUUGAUGCCAAAGAGCUCCAUUUUGGUCUCAUCUGACCACAACACUUUCACCCAGUUCUCCUCUGAAUCAUUCAGAUGUUCAUUGGCAAACUUCAGACAGGCAUGUAUAUGUGCUUUCUUGAGCAGGGGGACCUUGCGGGCGCUGCAGGAUUUCAGGCCUUCACGGCGUAGUGUGUUACCAAUUGUUUUCUUGGUGACUAUGGUCCCAGCUGCCUUGAGAUCAUUGACAAGAUCCUCCCGUGUAGUUCUGGGCUGAUUCCUCACCGUUCUUAUGAUCAUUGCAACUCCACGAGGUGAGAUCUUGUAUGGAGCCCCAGGCCGAGGGAGAUUGACAGUUAUUUUGUGUUUCUUCCAUUUGCGAAUAAUCGCACCAACUGUUGUCACCUUCUCACCAAGCUGCUUGGCGAUGGUCUUGUAGCCCAUUCCAGCCUUGUGUAGGUCUACAAUCUUGUCCCUGACAUCCUUGGAGAGCUCUUUGGUCUUGGCCAUGGUGGAGAGUUUGGAAUCUGAUUGAUUGAUUGCUUCUGUGGACAGGUGUCUUUUAUACAGGUAACAAGCUGAGAUUAGGAGCACUCCCUUUAAGAGUGUGCUCCUAAUCUCAACUCGUUACCUGUAUAAAAGACACCUGGGAGCCAGACAUUUCUGAUUGAGAGGGGGUCAAAUACUUAUUUCCCUCAUUAAAAUGCAAAUCAAUUUAUAACAUUUUUGACAUGCGUUUUUCUGGAUUUUGUUGUUGUUAUUCUGUCUCUCACUGUUCAAAUAAACCUACCAUUAAAAUUAUAGACUGAUCAUUUCUUUGUCAGUGGGCAAACGUACAAAAUCAGCAGGGGAUCAAAUACUUUUUUCCCUCACUGUAUAUUACCCUGGUCCCUUCCUUAACUUUCUCCAUUAUGCUGCUGAUAGUAGUCUGUGUUUCACAGGAAAUUACCAUCUCUUACUGUUGUGGUUUAACUCAGGUCCCAGUCAGCCGUGGAGCCGGGUACCCUACGGCAAGCAGACAGGUACAACACGGCACAGCCGCUCCUGGCUCUGGACUGA